GCUGCUGGCAGGUCAACUGUGUCCUGGUUCCGGAAAGCCUCUUUUCUCGUAUCUUAAAGUAUUCCGGUUCAGCCUUAAAGAUUGAAAUGAUUGCCUAAAUGAGUGAUUCAUUACUGGCACUCAAUUAAACCAAGUGUACCAGACGACGAUCACAUUUGUAUUUUUUAAAGUUCAAUAGCAAGGAUGACAACCUCGAUGCAGCCGAGCAAGUACACGGGCCUGGUCGCCGACCUGAUGCCCAACAUCCGGGCGAUGAAGUACUCCGGCCUGUUCAUGCACAACUUCACGGGCGGCAGUGCCUUCAUGAAGAAGGUGUACUCCUCCGUGCACCUGGUGUUCCUCCUCAUGCAGUUCGCCUUCAUCCUGGUGAACAUGGCCCUGAACGCCGAGGAGGUCAACGAGCUGUCGGGCAACACGAUCACGACCCUCUUCUUCACCCACUGCAUCACGAAGUUCAUCUACCUGGCUGUCAACCAGAAGAAUUUCUACAGAACCUUGAAUAUAUGGAACCAGGUGAACACGCAUCCCUUGUUCGCCGAGUCGGAUGCGCGAUACCAUUCGAUCGCACUGGCGAAGAUGAGGAAGCUGUUGUUUCUGGUGAUGCUGACCACAGUCGCCUCGGCCACCGCCUGGACCACGAUAACCUUCUUCGGCGACAGCGUGAAGAUGGUGGUGGACCAUGAGACGAACUCCAGCAUCCCUGUGGAGAUACCCCGGCUGCCGAUCAAGUCCUUCUACCCGUGGAACGCCAGCCACGGCAUGUUCUACAUGAUCAGCUUCGCCUUUCAGAUCUACUACGUGCUCUUCUCGAUGAUCCACUCCAAUCUCUGCGACGUGAUGUUCUGCUCCUGGCUGAUCUUCGCCUGCGAGCAGCUGCAGCACUUGAAGGGCAUCAUGAAGCCGCUGAUGGAGCUGUCCGCCUCGCUGGACACCUACAGACCCAACUCGGCGGCCCUCUUCAGGUCCCUGUCGGCCAACUCCAAGUCGGAGUUAAUUCACAAUGAAGAAAAGGAUCCCGCCACCGACAUGGACAUGUCGGGCAUCUACAGUUCGAAAGCGGAUUGGGGCGCCCAGUUUCGAGCACCCUCCACGCUGCAGUCCUUCGGCGGUAACGGGGGCGGAGGUAAUGGGAUGGUGAACGGCGCUAAUCCCAACGGGCUGACCAAAAAGCAGGAGAUGAUGGUGCGCAGUGCCAUCAAGUACUGGGUCGAGCGGCACAAGCACGUGGUGCGACUGGUGGCUGCCAUCGGCGAUACUUACGGAGCCGCCCUCCUGCUCCACAUGCUGACCUCGACCAUCAAGCUGACCCUGCUGGCGUACCAGGCCACCAAAAUCAACGGAGUGAAUGUCUACGCCUUCACAGUCGUCGGAUACCUGGGAUACGCACUGGCACAGGUGUUCCACUUUUGCAUCUUUGGCAAUCGCCUGAUUGAAGAGAGUUCAUCCGUCAUGGAGGCGGCCUACUCGUGCCACUGGUACGAUGGCUCCGAGGAGGCCAAGACCUUUGUCCAGAUCGUGUGCCAGCAGUGCCAGAAGGCGAUGAGCAUAUCGGGAGCGAAGUUCUUCACCGUCUCCCUGGAUUUGUUUGCCUCGGUUCUCGGUGCUGUCGUCACCUACUUCAUGGUGCUGGUGCAGCUCAAGUAAGUUGCUGCGGAGCUGAUGGAUUUUUGUACCAGAAGAGCGAAUGCCAAGGAGCCACCGUGCCACCCCAACCCCACAACCCGCCCACCGCCCCUCGCACUGUGCAACCAGCCAUAUCACAGAGCAAUUAUAACGCAAAUUAUAUAUUUUAUACCUGUGACGAGCGAGCCUCGUGGGGCAUCAUGGAGACAUACUGGGGCACAUAGAAGCCUGCAACUACUUAUCGAUUUUGUACACGCGUAGAGCUUUCAAUGUAAACCCAAGAUGCAAACUAAA